GAAUCGCGCGGACGCAUCCGUUCCGAAAUCGCGGGAAUAUCUUGGAAGACGGGAAAUCGAAGUCGGUUCGAUCCAAAAAACCAAAAUUGAAACCAAAACAGCGACGCCAAAAGCUUUGUUUGUGCUGCCCAGUGCAGAGGUGUGUUUGUGUUGAAGAAAUAUUCGGAAAAAUUUGCAUUUUUUAAGGUUCGGCGGGAUCCUUUCCUCCGGGCGUGUGUAUUGCCCUUUCCCUUGGUCCUUAGGCUAAGGAUAAACGGGGCUUUGAGCUGUGACAACAACAACAAAACAACAACGACAAGGAGAAAAGUAAAUAACAAACAACUUCAGUGUUGGUGGUGUGCCAAGUGCAAGGAGUUGUAAUUUAUAGUUGCCGAAAUUAAAUUAUGUUAAGUGCUCCCAAUCAGUAGGAAGAAGAAGGUGCAAGUGGAAAGCAAAGCGGCAAAAACAGAGGAGAACAUAAGCAAAGGAAACCCAAAGCAGAAGUACGUAAGAAGUUGAAAAGUGAACGCCGAGCUAAAUAAGUUGCAAUGUGAAGAGCCCUGAAAGGACAAGUGCGAGCCAAGGAACAGGACUUGUCAACGACUACGAGAAGGACCAGCUGCCACAGCAGCGAUUGACAGGGCAAAAACAAAGCCCAAACUGGCAGAGAGCGAGAACGACUUUUCCGUUCAAGUGGCACGAGCACCAAAAGUUUAACGUUGUUUUUCCGUUCCAUGGCCCCCGGAAAACUGCAGCAACGGGGCGCAGCAAUGUGCUGGCCAACUACCGCAGUCGAAGAAUAGAAAAUCACUCGAAAGACCUUGCCCAAAAACAAAAAAGUAGAGACACCAAAAAUAAAAAAACAAAUAAAAAAGAGAAGAGGACGAGCAACCACUGCGGUGCAGCAUAUGUGCUUUUGCUGUGCUUUUUCUGUGAUGCCACAAGGACACAAGGACACUUCAAGUGACAGCAACAUACGCGAGUUUUUCGUUCGUGGAGAGCCUUCCAUCUAAGACGCAGCAGCAGUAUGCGCAAGCACAAAGCGCCGCCCAGCGGCAGUCCAAGGACAAUGCCCCAGGACAUUUCACAAUCGGAGCCAUCGGGGGCAGAUGGGGAAUCCCCCGCAACAGCAGCAGCAACAACAACAGCAGUAGAAACCCCGCAGCAAAGCCUGCUGCUGGGCCACAAUCCAGAGGAUGCCUCUGCAGCAGCAGUAGCUAGUCGCCUGGCCCCGCCCCUCUGUCAGCCUCCCAUCAUCAACAGCAACAGCAGCAGCAGCAAGGAGCGACCUCGCCCCACAGUCCGGUUCAUAUCCCUGCUGCACGUGGCCAGCUACGUGCUCUGCCUGUGCGCCUUCAGCUUCGCUCUGUACGGCAAUGUGCGGCAGACGCGACUAGAGCAGCGGAUGCAGCGUCUCCAGCAACUGGACGCCCGAAUCGUAGAGCUGGAACUGCGACUAGAGCAGCAGCAGUUGCUCCAUUGGCCUGCUGACCAGACGCAGAUCUUGGCCAGUAAUCCCAGCGACAGCGGCAACAAUAGCAACAACAACAACAACAACGGCAGCCAGCACCUGGCGUUGCACGUGCGACGGGAGUUGCAUCGCCUGCGUCGCGAUGUCUCACAUCUUCAGCUUACGAGACGACAGCAACGACGCCAGGCGGCCGAGGCGGCGGCAGCAGCAGCGGCCAGCGGAGAGGGUGGAUCUGGAGUGGGUCAGUGCCAGUGUCAAGCAGGUCCUCCAGGUCCGCCCGGUCCACCGGGAAAACGAGGGAAGCGCGGCAAGAAAGGAGAUGGCGGCGAAAAGGGCGAUCCGGGCCUUAAUGGCAUCAGUGGGGAGAAGGGCGCUGCGGGCAAGCCCGGAGACAAGGGCCAGAAGGGCGAUGUCGGCCACCCCGGCAUGGAUGUCUUCCAAACGGUGAAGGGUCUGAAGAGAUCGGUGACAACGCUGCAUGGCGGCACGCUGGGCUAUGCGGAGAUAGUUGCUGUUAAGGACUUGCAAGAAGCAGGCGUCAAUGUAUCCGCUUCCACAGUCAUACAGCUGAAGGGAGAACCUGGUGAGCCUGGUCCGCCAGGACCUCCGGGCGAAGCGGGCCAACCUGGUGUGCCUGGGGAGCGUGGACCACCGGGCGAAACCGGAGCGCAGGGCCUGCAAGGCGAGGCCGGACAGCCAGGAGUCGCAGGACCGCCCGGCGUGGCCGGCGCACCUGGCACGAAGGGCGACAAGGGCGAUCGAGGCGAUCGCGGACUAACCACAACCAUCAAGGGUGACGAGUUCCCCACAGGCAUCAUCGAGGGUCCGCCGGGACCGGCUGGACCACCUGGUCCGCCAGGAGAGCCGGGAGUUCCAGGCGAAGCUGGACCCGUUGGACCUGCAGGACCCCCUGGCGAGAAAGGACCGCGCGGCAAACGCGGCAAGCGGAUAUUCGGACCCGGAGGCACCAAAAUAGACGAGGACUACGACGAUCCGCCGGUGACCCUGUUGCGAGGUCCUCCGGGCCCUCCUGGCCUAUCGGGCAAGGAUGGACGCGACGGACGGGAUGGCAGCAAGGGAGAGCCGGGUGAGCCAGGUGAACCUGGAUCUUUGGGUCCACGUGGCUUGGAUGGUCUACCUGGUGAGCCGGGCAUUGAAGGGCCACCUGGUCUGCCGGGCUAUCAGGGUCCACCUGGUGAGAAGGGUGAUCGCGGUGAUAUUGGCCCACCAGGAUUGAUGGGUCCACCAGGCUUGCCAGGACCACCUGGCUAUCCUGGCGUCAAGGGCGACAAGGGCGAUCGUGGUGAUUCGUACCGCAAGAUGCGACGCCGGCAGGACGACGGGAUGUCCGAUGCCCCGCACAUGCCGACCAUCGAAUAUUUAUAUGGCCCGCCGGGACCACCGGGACCCAUGGGUCCACCAGGACACACCGGCAGUCAGGGAGAGCGCGGCAUGGACGGACGCAAGGGGGAUGCGGGUGAAAAGGGCCACAAGGGAGAUCAGGGACCUAUGGGACUGCCGGGUCCGAUGGGCAUGAGAGGCGAGUCAGGACCUUCGGGACCCUCGGGCAAGGCUGGCAUACCGGGUCCUCCGGGCUUGGAUGGCAUGAAGGGCGCCCAAGGCGAGACGGGACACAAGGGGGAGCGAGGAGAUCCGGGUCUGCCGGGCACGGAUGGCAUUCCCGGGCAGGAGGGGCCACGCGGUGAGCAGGGCUCCAGAGGGGAUGCCGGCCCGCCCGGCAAACGGGGACGGAAAGGAGAUCGCGGCGACAAGGGCGAGCAGGGCGUGCCCGGACUGGACGCCCCCUGCCCCCUCGGUGCCGAUGGGCUGCCGCUGCCCGGCUGCGGAUGGCGGCCGCCAAAGGAGCCAAUCAUCUCGACGCCCGUGCACAAGGAUUAUUUGCCCGAUGUAACGCAGCCGGAAAGCAACGCCAGCGAUUACGAGCAGGAGGAGGAGGAGGAGGACGAGCAGGCUGAGGAUAAUGAAAACGAAUAUGAUGAAUAUCAGGAUAAUUUGCAUAACAAUGAGUGAAAAGGAAGCAGUCAGCCAGGCAGUCAGCCAGUCAGACAGCGAGCCAAGCAAAUGGCAAACACAGGCGGAUAAAGGCGAACAGACCCUAAGAACCAAACCUCCUUCCUACCUCCCAGCACCCCCUUCAAGGAUACCCAUACGUACACUCACACACACACUGGCUUUGGCACACGCACACCGACACAGGCGACUAGUUAAGCAUUUCCGAUUUCCGCUGCGAAUCCUGGCUCUGUUUCGCUCUGUUGACAUUUGCAAUUAGCGCUAACAAAUGCCAAGUGGCUGCUGCUGCUGCUUCUAACGGUUUUGCAAAGUAGAUGCUAUUAGCAUACUCUAUCUCUGUCCCUAACUCUGUUACUCACUCCCUCUCUUUCUCUGUGGCCCUCACGCACACGCACUCACAAUUAUCCUUUGGCUAACACAGACACACACACUGGCUUAGCUUGGUGACGGUUCCUGGCUCUCAAGCACUCACUCUCUCCCUAUCUCUCCCUCUCUUGAAUUAUCUCAUUCAUUUCUGGCCAUUUCCGGCUGAACUUCUGUCUCGCCCCUCGCAGGAAAACUGGCAAGCCUGGCUCAAGGACGAGCUUAAUGCGCUGCAGCAUCCGCGCUCAAAAAACUAAUUACCAACGCCCACUCAACGGCUGCAGCGAAGGCGUGCUCUCGCAAUAUCCAGACGAAUCUAAACGCUUUGGUUUUAAUUUUAGUAACUUGUUAUUGUUAAAUGUAGGACAUCGAACAGAGCUAUAGCUACUACAUUCAUCGCAUAGAGAACACCCUAUCAUAAACACUGUAUAAUCUGUAAUCUGUAAUCUGUAAUCUGUAAUCUGCAUCUGUGCCAAAUUGCUCCAGGUUGCCACCAGUUCGGCGAUCCCUACUCCCCGAGGUCGCAACCUUUAUAGUUCUAGUUAUACUUUACCUAUAAAUUGUAUCUACAGCAGCUACUUCUACAGCUAUUUCGAAUACCUUAAGCAAACAAAAGGAAACCAACUAUUUUUUACAAGAAACCCCUAUUUAAAAACAAAACUUAAAAAAUAAAA